AUGGCGCUCUUCGAUAGACUUACGGGCGCGAAUUGCUCAACGUACGACGCGUUAGCUCUAAGUGCGGCUAAAGUCGCUAUACAUAAUUUCAGAUGGCAAUAUGCCACGUUAAUAUUAUUCAACCCUACUGCAUUUUGUGGCGUCGACGUGUUCAUCAAAUCUUACAAAAAGUGUUUUUUAAUCGGUCAGAGUACAUUUAAUACUUGGGUCGUCGAGAAUACCCGGCAAUUCGUAUUGUUCUUAAGCGAUGGAAUCGAUCUUAUAGCUUUUCUGGAAUGGUUAAAAUCUCAACGAUUCAAUAAUACUGGACGGUACAUAAUCAUCUGUAACAGUCUAUCCCAAUUGACGUGCGACGAAGACCAAGCUGUACGUUUGUUGUGGGAGUAUAGAAUAUCGAAUGUUGUUCUCAUAAAGUUUAAUGCGACACGUAGACCAGUCGGAUUGACCUAUUUCCAAGAUGGCGACUGUCGGAAUAGCCCGCCCAUAGAACUAAAACAUUGGACAAACUGCACUCAGCUGAACGAUAUAGGGCAAUGCCAGCAAAUGUUUCCUUUAAAAUUCAAAAACUUACAUCAAUGCCCAUUGAUAGCUUCGACCUUCGAACAAAAACCAUACAUGACAUUAAAAAACGGAAUACCUGAAGGUGCCGAUGGCUACUUACUGCGAACGAUCGUACAGGCUCUUAAUGCCAGCCUAAUUGUCAUGACACCGAAAUUAGGGACCGGUUGGGGAAAACUGGAAGAGAACGGAACGUGGUCCGGGUCUCUUAGCGACGUUUACUAUGACUGGGCCAACUUUUCCAUGACAUCAGCGAGCGUUACGCUUCAUAGAUUUCGAUAUUUUCAAAUGUCAAAAGAUUAUAAUACGGUGACUCUAGGCUGGGUGACACAUCCGUCGAAUAAAGAACCUUCUUUAUUCAAGUUAUUAAGGCCGUACAGCACCGAAGCGGUAAUAUUCUUGUGCUUAGUUUUUCUUUUCAUACUUUUCGUCGCUCUGCUCUUAAAGAGCAAACAUUGGACAAAAAUAAGGAACAAACUUAAUGUUGGCGAACCUCCCGAAGGUAUCUUGUUUCAUUCGUGGGAAAUUUGUAUGGGAAUGCCGGCGUCAAAACUGCCGAAUAAUCCCAUACUUUUGUAUUUCGUACUCCUUUGGAUAAUAAAUUGUUUCAUGUUGAGAACCCUGUAUCAAGUUUAUCUCAUUAACUCUAUACAAGCCGAUAUACGGAUUGAUAGUAUAUCAAAAGUCGAGGACGCUAUCGCCUUGGGGUAUCCGUUUGGGGGAGGUUUAGCACUCAAAGAUUUCUUUAUCGACUAUCCACUCAUCUACAAUAAUUACAAGAACAUCGAGAGCCAUCAAAUAUAUCCCACAAUGGUAAACAUGUCGCAAGGGAUGAAAUUCGUCAUAGCGAUGAAUUUAGAGAGUACCAAAGCGUUUCUCAAAGAACCCUCAAGAAAACUGCAUAUUUUGCCUCGGGAGAUAGUAAAAAGCCCAACUGUCCUUUUCUUCAAGAAAUAUUCAUGGUUGGCCGAUUCUAUUGAUAGUAUUUUAACUACUUUGUUCGAAUCUGGUAUUGUGCUGAAAAUCUUCAAAGACAAUACGUUUACACCCUGUAAGGACGACGAAGAUGCACCUUCACCGAUUACCUUAGACGAUUAUGCGGGUUGUUUUAUGAUAUUAGCAGGUGGGUGGAUAACGUGCUGUUUAUUUUUUGUCAUUGAAAAAUAUUACUUUAUGAAGAAAGUUAAGAAUAAAAAAUAA